CGAAGCUUGUGAGCGUUCGAACCCAAGCAACAGUCUCGGAAUCGAGGGACUUUUUAAAACUCGGAAAACUCGACUCCUGCAGUUCCGCUGUGCUCUUACGGACGGUUGUUUCUUAAACCAUCCUCCCGCCCCCUGUUCCUCUACCGUUUUAUUCCCCUUACCCCUCCGUAUCCGGCGAUUGGUCAUGGCUUCCGGGAACGUAAGAAGAUGGCAGCAAAUAAUUCAAGAACUUAUUCUCAUAGCUGGUACAUCCCUUUCAACGUAUUUCGUUGUUCGAUUUCUCCUGUCGCGACUAGAAUUCGAUCCCGAGAGCCAGAAACAUGAAGACGCUAAGAGGAAAUCCGCCGCAAUACUUCGAAGGUUAGACCGUGGUGAUGAUUCGGAUGAUAGUUCAUCAAGCCGCCAGAAGAGGCCUCAAAAGCAGAAGAAGCAGGACCUCGUUCUCACCCAGUAUGAACAGGCCAUUGCUAUGGAUGUUGUGGCCCCGGAGGAUAUCCCUGUUUCCUUCAAUGACAUUGGGGGCCUGGACGAUAUCAUUGAAGAGCUGAAAGAGUCGGUGAUAUACCCGUUGACGAUGCCCCAUCUCUAUCGAUCGUCGUCCUCUCUUUUAAGUGCCCCGUCCGGUGUUCUCCUGUACGGCCCUCCGGGAUGUGGCAAGACGAUGCUGGCAAAAGCACUCGCGCAUGAAAGUGGAGCUUGUUUCAUCAACUUGCACAUAUCGACAUUAACAGAGAAAUGGUACGGAGAUUCAAACAAACUGGUUAAUGCCGUGUUCUCCCUCGCGAGAAAGCUGGAGCCGAGUAUCGUGUUCAUCGAUGAGAUCGAUGCCGUACUAGGAACGAGACGGAGUGGCGAGCACGAGGCCAGCGGCAUGGUGAAGGCUGAGUUCAUGACACAUUGGGAUGGGCUGACUUCAGCAAAUGCCAUGGGCCAGCCACAACGCGUUAUGAUUCUUGGAGCAACAAAUAGAAUUCAAGACAUCGACGAAGCCAUCCUCCGACGAAUGCCUAAAAAGUUCCCUGUUACCCUUCCCGCGGCCGCUCAGAGACGACGAAUAUUGGGGUUGGUUUUGAAGGACACAAAAAUUGAGAGAGAGAAUUUUGAUGUGGACCUACUCGUCCAGGCUAUGGCUGGCAUGUCAGGGAGUGAUAUAAAAGAAGCCUGCCGCGAUGCGGCCAUGGUACCCGUCCGGGAACUCAUCCGGAGCAAACGCGGUGCAGGUGCAUUGAUCAAUUCCAUGAACCCUGAUGAAGUUCGAGGUUUGAGGACAGACGACUUCUUCAAAAAAGCAGGCGGUGUUAGGCCCACAAACCCCUAUUCUGAAGCCAUACAAAGAGCAUCUCACAAGCUGCAGUCCGAGAAGGAAUGGGUUACGGACUCAGAGCCUGAUAAUGUCGAGGCCGAAUCUAGGAUCGUUCCGGUCGCAGAUGGACCUGACUAA